GGCCGGGGCAGCGGGAGCGCCGCCGCCGAGGACCAUGAGGAAAUUUAACAUCAGGAAGGUGCUGGACGGCCUGUCGGCGGUCUCUGCCGUCGCAUCGGCGUCGUCCGCCGCGCAGCAGCAGCAGGCGGGGAACCGGGAGACCGAAAUCCAGGAGACGCUCCAGUCCGAGCACUUCCAGCUCUGCAAGACUGUACGCCAUGGUUUCCCCUAUCAACCUUCAGCCUUGGCAUUUGAUCCGGUUCAGAAAAUACUGGCCAUUGGGACUCAGACUGGAGCACUAAGGCUCUUUGGUCGGCCAGGAGUUGAAUGCUACUGUCAACAUGACAGUGGAGCUGCAGUAAUCCAACUUCAGUUCCUGAUUAAUGAGGGAGCUCUUGUGAGUGCCUUGGCUGAUGACACCUUACACCUGUGGAACUUGCGCCAGAAGAGACCGGCAAUACUCCAUUCACUCAAAUUCAACCGGGAACGGAUAACAUUUUGUCACCUGCCUUUCCAAAGCAAAUGGCUAUAUGUGGGCACCGAAAGAGGAAACAUUCACAUUGUCAAUGUGGAAUCAUUUACUCUCUCAGGCUAUGUCAUCAUGUGGAAUAAAGCCAUUGAACUGUCAUCCAAAUCUCACCCAGGACCUGUUGUCCACAUCAGUGACAAUCCAAUGGAUGAAGGAAAGCUUCUGAUUGGCUUUGAAUCUGGGACGGUGGUAUUAUGGGACCUGAAGUCAAAGAAGGCGGAUUACAGAUAUACACAUGAUGAGGCUAUCCACUCUGUGGCUUGGCAUCAUGAGGGAAAACAAUUCAUUUGUAGUCACUCAGAUGGUACCUUGACCAUAUGGAAUGUAAAAUCUCCUACCAAACCAUUCCAGACAAUCACUCCACAUGGAAAGCAGCUGAAGGAUGGAAAGAAGCCAGAACCCUGCAAACCUAUCCUUAAGGUGGAAUAUAAAACGACUAGAGCUGGGGAGCCUUUCAUCAUUCUCUCAGGAGGCUUGUCAUAUGACACUGUAGGAAGAAGACCCUGUUUAACAGUCAUGCAUGGGAAAAGUACUGCUGUGCUAGAAAUGGAUUAUUCUAUUGUUGACUUUCUAACCCUGUGUGAAACUCCAUAUCCUAAUGACUUUCAAGAACCAUAUGCUGUAGUUGUUCUCCUAGAAAAGGACUUAGUACUGAUUGAUCUUGCACAAAAUGGGUAUCCUAUAUUUGAGAACCCCUAUCCUUUAACUAUACACGAGUCUCCAGUUACCUGUUGUGAGUAUUUUGCUGAUUGUCCUGUGGAUCUCAUACCUGCACUCUAUUCAGUUGGUGCUCGACAGAAACGUCAAGGUUACAGUAAGAAGGAAUGGCCUAUCAGUGGCGGCAACUGGGGUGUGAUCACUCAGAGCUAUUCAGAGAUAAUUAUUACAGGGCAUGCUGAUGGAUCAAUCAAGUUUUGGGAUGCAUCAGCAAUAACGCUGCAAGUACUCUAUAAGCUAAAAACAGCCAAAGUAUUUGAAAAAUCACGGAAUAAAGAUGACAGACCAAGCACAGAUAUAGUAGAUGAAGAUCCAUACGCUAUUCAGAUCAUCUCAUGGUGUCCAGAAAGUAGAAUGCUGUGCAUAGCUGGAGUUUCUGCACAUGUCAUUAUUUACAGGUUCAGCAAGCAGGAAGUGACUACAGAAGUCAUUCCGAUGCUGGAAGUACGUCUCCUAUAUGAAAUAAAUGAUGUUGAAACUCCAGAUGGUGAGCAGGUGCCACCUGUACCAACUCCAGGCACAGGUUCCAAUCCUCAAUCCAUUGUUCCCCAGUCUCAUCCAUCUACUAGUAGCAGUUCAUCUGAUGGACUUCGUGAUAAUGUCCCAUGUUUAAAAGUUAAAAAUGCUCCUCUCAAGCAGUCUCCAGGCUACCAAAUUGAGCUCGUUAUCCAGCUGGUGUGGGUGAGUGGAGAACCUCCUCAACAGAUAACCAGCUUAGCCAUCAACUCAGCCUAUGGCCUAGUAGUUUUUGGAAACUGCAAUGGUAUUGCCAUGGUUGAUUACCUCCAGAAGACCGUGCUCUUGAAUCUCGGCACUAUUGAACUGUAUGGCUCCAAUGACCCCUAUCGCAGGGAGCCACGAUCUCCCCGAAAAACUCGGCAACCAUCUGGAGCAGGUCUUUGUGAUAUAAAUGAAGGUACAGUGGUGCCAGAAGACCGCUGCAAGUCACCCACGUCAGGUUCUGGUUCACCAAACAAUUCUGAUGAUGAACAAAAAAUGAAUAAUUUUAUAGAAAAGGUGAAGACCAAAAGCAGAAAGUUUUCCAAGAUGGUAACCAAUGACAUAGCAAAGAUGUCCAGGAAGCUAAGUUUGCCAACUGAGUUAAAGCCUGAUUUAGAUGUCAAAGACAACUCUUUCAGUCGCUCCCGGAGUUCUAGUGUAACUAGCAUUGAUAAAGAGUCACGCGAGGCAAUUUCAGCUCUUCACUUUUGUGAGACUUUCACAAGAAAGGCUGAUACAUCACCUUCCCCAUGCCUGUGGGUUGGCACCACGCUGGGAACCGUGCUUGUCAUUGCACUGAACUUACCCCCAGGAGGAGAGCAGAGACUUCUUCAGCCAGUCAUUGUUUCUCCUAGUGGAACCAUCCUGAGGCUAAAAGGGGCAAUCUUGAGAAUGGCUUUUUUGGAUACCACAGGAUCUUUGGUCCCACCAGCACAUGAACCCUGGAGAGAACACUACGAAGAUAAAGAUGAAAAAGAAAAAGCGAAAAAGCGACGACCUGUCUCAGUGUCCCCUUCUUCCUCUCAGGAAAUCAGUGAAAACCAAUAUGCAGUGAUAUGUUCAGAAAAGCAAGCAAAAGUUAUCUCACUGCCAUCCCAGAACUGUAUUUAUAAGCAAAAUAUAACAGAGACUUCUUUUGUUCUUCGUGGAGACAUAGUGUCAUUGAAUAACAGUAUUUGCCUUGCAUGUUUCUGUGCCAAUGGACAUAUUAUGACUUUUAGUUUGCCAAGUUUAAGGCCAUUGUUGGAUGUAUAUUACCUGCCAUUGACCAAUAUGCGGAUAGCCAGAACAUUCUGCUUCACCAAUAAUGGACAAGCACUCUAUCUUGUCUCACCAACUGAAAUACAGAGACUCACCUACAGCCAAGAAACAUGUGAAAAUCUUCAGGAAAUGUUGGGUGAGCUCUUCACUCUUGUAGAAACACCAGAAGCACCAAACAGGGGGUUCUUUAAAGGCCUGUUCGGAGGUGGGGCACAGUCACUUGACAGAGAAGAGCUCUUUGGAGAAUCAGCAUCUGGGAAGGCAUCAAGGAGUCUUGCCCAGCAUAUUCCAGGACCUGGGGGUAUUGAAGGUGUCAAAGGCGCAGCAUCUGGUGUAGUUGGUGAACUGGCACGAGCCCGCUUGGCACUUGAUGAAAGAGGACAGAAACUGGGAGAACUGGAAGAAAAAACUGCAGCUAUGCUUUACAGUGCUGAUUCUUUCUCAAAACAUGCUCAUGAGAUGAUGCUGAAGUACAAAGACAAGAAGUGGUACCAAUUCUGAUGACUCUCAUCAAUCACAUCUGUUUAAUUUUGUCCUGAUGAAAAAAAUCUUGUUUUUUCAUUAAUUUUGGCAGGACCACUGAAAUUUAAAGGAGUAUUCACCAUUGGAUACUGUUGUUUCCUAGCACAAAUGACACACUGUUUUACCUCAGUCCUGGCUUUAACUGAGGAGGUUUAUAUCUAAGAAACACACACACGAAAAAGAAACUUGAGUGUUUCUUAGCUGUUGGUUAGCAUAAAGUUGGAACAGAGAAGGUAACUGGAACAUGUGGAAAAGAGAGUAAAGAGAGUAAAGGGAAAUUGUGGUGAGAUGGGCAGGGGCAAUGCAGGGUCAAUCCUGUGUUAAUAUUUCAUAUGCCAAAAGUUUUUGUGCUAUUGUAAUUGCUGCCAGUGUUAUACCCUCCUGUAAGGAGAGGCAAUAAAUCAGGGGUCCAAGAGCUGGAAUCAAGUUGUUUGUCUUGCUGGACAGUAGCUGACUUACAAUUACCCUCUCCAGGACUCGCUAUAUUUACCAUUAUUGUUGAAGAAGAGUUGAAGUUUGCUGUCACUUCUUUCAUUUGAAAAGCUGGAAGCUUGGAAGAUUUCUUAUUGAAAAUUGUAUACAUAGUUGACUUGUGCAUAGUCUUUUCUUGGACCCCUGAUCUAGUAUUCUUGUAUUCACAUCAUAUUCUGUGACGUGCAAAACAAAAGAAUACGUAAUUUUUGCAUUAAAAAAGUCAAGUGAAUAAUAUGACUGGAAUGUGUCAUGCUGGGAGUUUUCAUUUGUGUUAUGGCCGUGCAAUGUGAAAUGUGGUAACAUCUUCCUUGUGGUAAGAAUUCAACUUCUGUUCAGUUAAAUAUUAUUUUUGCCAAAAAUAGUUAUUGGUUCAGGUUGUGUAACAUUUAGAAUUGGCUGUGGGUUCCAUUCAUGCUGUGAGUUUUUAUAAAUGUUUAACAGAAUGUAUCUUUACAGCCAUUAAUUAAAAUAGCUGAGAUAGUUUUGCUCAAGACUUAAGUUCUAGAUGCCCCUUUAGUCCUUUACUGUGAAAUCAGAUAACCUUGGACUCAGGUUUUCAAAGUUUUACACACCAUGGAGGUGCUGAUGCAUGAAUAAUGGCAAGCAAGCAUCUAAUAGUUAAUAAUUGUCAGUAUGUUGUUUAGCAACUCUAAGUUCUGCCAGUAGUGCUGUUUUACAAGUACCUGUCUCAGCCUCACCCAGCACUUAAGGCAGUUGUCCUAAAGUUUAGAUUUGGUCUCUAAAGCAGUGUUUUCAUUGUAAGCAGUGGCAAAGUGUGCACAAAAAUUUUAGGAAUUGCUGCUAUAAUAUUCAGUUUGGGUGAGGUAAAUAAUACAGCUGAGCUAACUUGUUAAUGGCUACUGUAUUAAAGCUAUAUCAGUGUGAAUGACCAGGGAAUCUCUUUUAAAAAGAGAGGAUUCCUUAAAAUAAAUGCUUGCAUUUCAAAAAUUCCUUUAGACCUUUUUCCUUGAAGUAGGAAUAAUUACUGAUUGGUUUUGUUUUAUAAAAGGGAGUACUUAGAAGUUGAUAGGUCUACACUAUCUGAAAUUCAUCACUUGGGUUUGCUUCACCAAGCAUUGCAUUCUGUGCACUUUUUUCAUAAACUUUCUGAAUGUUCCCAAAGCAAAACCUUGGUUAUAUUUGUAUUGUGAAGUGAUGUUGCAGGUACACAGAUAAGGCCUUACAAACCUUACAAAACACUUCAAGGAUGCAAAAUAUUGAAAAUAUUGAAUAUGGUUCUUAAAUCACUUUUCAAACGAGAGGCAAAUAUGUUUGGGCUUUGAAAUACAAACUGAUAACAUUUCUCACUUUAUGUAUAGCAGCAUUUAAUUUAAAAAGACAAUUGAAUUGUGUUGCCAGUAUGAGGGCAUGCCCUACUAUGCCCACUGCUCAAAGGACUUAAGAAAUGAGAAUAUGACAAUUCAAACAAGCAGUAUUAUGAUUUCUUGAUGGCUCUGUCCCAUAACUACUGAGGCAAUGUUUACUUGAGUUACUUAACUCAAUUUGCCACGCUAUAUUUGCCUCUGCAUGUAUUAAUUUAUUUUUUAGUGUUUAAAUAAUGCAAUUUUAACACCAUUUUGUGAGACAUCUAGGUAGAAGAAAAUGAGAUAAACCACUACCCAUACUACAUCCAAAAACCCACCCUAGUUAACACUUAUCUCCUUCCUUGUCUCACAUUUAUAAAUUGAGAUUACUCAUUAUUAUUUGACCUGGUGAAGAUAAAGUACAUUUCAGGACAACAGAAUCCUGGGAAAUUAAUCUGGUCAAGCUCUGGGGGAGAGGAUUGUAAAAUUAUUCCUCAACAAAUUUUGGUAUCAUUCAAUGGAAGAUGACCUUGGUUUGAAAGGAAAGCAUACUUAACUUUCUCAUCAAGACACAUUUGCCAACCACCAGCAAGCAAAAUAAUAAGAGGCAAUGAGAGACCAUCUGCCAGUACCAGAAGAGUAGUGGCUUAUUUGGUGUUCCAGAAUCUAUCGUAGCUAAAUCACUUCUGUUGCUUAUGUUCAGGGCAUGCUUCUAGAUAUGAAGACUAAUGAUAUUGCUCAUGAGAUAAAUACACAAAUGGUUCUUGGCCAAUUAAAGGGGCUAUGUACAAUUUUAGUCUAUAAUGUUACUUUUUCCUUCCCAAUGGAAGGAAGGUGAUCACACACACAUCAUUGCAUCUUAUUGUGCUAUUGGUGGUGCACCUUUUGUACAGCAAAGUGUAUUGAAAUCCCUGCAGGGAAGCACCCCUGGUUUUUUCACUAGCAUUUUAGUUGUGUGAAAUUUUUUAGAGUGUCUGGAAAACUAUAAAAAUACAAUUGAGCUAUUACUUUUUUUUAAAUGAAAGAAACUACCUGCUGCUACCUAUCUGUUUAUAUGUAGUGUGUCUCAUUAGGAACUGUAAACUGAAGAAGCUUUUCUUCACCUUAGUCCUGCCAAAUCCUGGUAUGUGUAAAUAUGUGUGUAUUCCAAAUCAGUCUGAAAGUGUUACACCACAGGCAUCUCCAGUGAUUUGUUCUUCAGCAAAAAGUCAGUUAUAAAGUAUAGUAAUAUAUAGCUGUGUUCCUUGUCUGUCUUUAUGCAAAGUUUUUGUGCCUGAGGUGGUAUUUGCAUGGCAGGUGAUAUUGGAAAGCUACAUCCAAAGGAGGAUUUUUGGAAGCAAAUUCAUUUUCUUUUUUUUUUUUCCUUUUAGUUUUCCUUUUAUUUUCUUUUUUAUGUUUUG